UUAAGCAAUAAAUGGAUCCGGUUGAGUAAACCCUUGGUGAUAAAUUUGGCGCUUCUCAAAUUCCCUCUUCAAUUUUGAAGAAAUACAGCAAAAGCAUAAGCACAGUAAAAUUGAGAAAUCGAGAGAGAUGAUGGACGUAGAUGAUCCUCUUGACUUUGAAUUUGAAGCCCCACUUGUUCAUAAAUCUCCUCUCAUUGUCCAGAAAAGCAGGAAGAAAGUUAUUGGCUUGGAUGAUCUUUUGACUGAUCACUAUAAAGAGAAAAGCAAAGUGAUUGAAAGAGAAUCUAAACGAGCAAAGUCCCGGAAAAACUACAAUUCUGACGAAGAUGACUAUAGUAAAGAAGCUUUACUAUCAAGAAAAAUUAAUGAAUGCCACAAACAGAUGAGACAAAUGAGUGCCGAUGAAGAGAUCUCUACAUGGGGUGUAGAAGUUUUUGGAGAUCAGAAAACCCCUCCACAUUUUGAUUUUUCUGAGCUUGGAAGUUUUUCGCUGUUGGAUUCUUUCAUGAGCAAUAAGCUCAACAGUUUGGUUGAUGUCACCACAGAAGAAGGGGAAAUUUUCCUGGAGGGAUUAUUGGUAAAUGGCUGGCUCUCAAAGUUGGUUUCUACAGAUGGUCAUGUUGAAGAAUCUUUAGCCAGAUGGACUUUUAAUUUGAUGUUGCAUUCAUCAAAAGAAGAGCUAAGGACAUCUGCAUGCGACUUUUGGUGCGCUAUUCUUUUGCCCGAGAAAAAGGUUGAGAAGCUUCCCAUUAGAGUUGAGUGGUCUCCUAGCUACUGUGAGAUUAAAAGAGCUCUCGAAACAUAUGGAUUUUUAUUCGACUUUGCAUCACAAACAAACACAUUAAAAACCGAUUCUAGUUGUAGAGGGCCACCUGAAAAUAUUAGAGGUUGGAUUAAAUUUGCAGCAGCUUGCUGUCUUGUCAGGAGUAAGCAACCUAUUUUUUCAGUUUCAGAAGCUGAAGAGUUAGUUGAAGUCAUUAUUUAUCUAUCUUUAGAUCGCCAGCUUCAAGGAUUGCUGGUGCUUUUGCAUGACUGCAUGCAAUCAGCUAUCAAUUACUUCACAAAUGAGGAAUGGAGUACCAGCUGCAUAAAGAUAGCAAGAACUAUUGCUGGCCGAGUCCCCAGGGAUUUGAACUGCUUGCGAGCUGUAGAAUGCAUUUCAGGAGUUGGUAUUCGUAUGAAUUGCCUAAGAAGUGCAGUUUCUUAUCAAAUACUGCUCGCUUGUUUUGAUAAUGAGGCUGCUGAUGAAGAAGGGAUAUUGAACCUGCUAAUGUCGAUGAAUGUGAAAGAAAAAAGUUGCGAUUUUUUCAAAAUGUAUAUUUAUUUGGUUUUGAGUGAGAAUUGGCUCCUGUCCAAUCCAAUUUCAGAAUAUAAGCCAGUCAUUUAUGAAAUGUGGGGUGUUUAUUUAAGAAACUGUUCUUGCCAAAUCACCAGCACAGAUUCAAGGCCUUAUGCCUCAAAGGUUCGCACCAAAGCUUCAUAUCUCUUGCAUAGCUCCGUUAAGGAUUACUUAUCGUAAAUAGGCAAUGGAGGCUGGAUUGUAGCGGAAAAUAGUGGCUGCUGGUAAUGGCAUUAUAGGAUUAAGGGAAAUUGGAACUCAGGUGCCGUGUUGCUGACAAGAGAUGGUGAGGGUAUAAUGCAGCUUGCUUUUAAGUUUUAAUGUAAGAGAUAGUUAAUGAACCAUUAAUGUGUUCAAGAUGGUAUCUGUUCAUAAUCUAACAUUGUACAGUCAAGUUUGCUUUCUUUUCUCUUUUGGAGUUAUAAUGAAGUUGACAGGAUAAAAUCUAUCA